GUUCACAAAACCGUCUCCAAACCGCCCGUCGACGCAAUGUGAAAAAAUAGAUCGAAUCGAACCCUACGUUGCCAAUUUUACGCCAACAUACUCCCUUUCUCUCUCUAAAAGCUGAGGCGGCUACUCUCUCUCUCUCUGUGCGUGCUGUGAGUCGUGUUCAGGGGGCGGUGUGGUGAUGGAGAUCAAACUCGCCUUCUCGGCCGAUUUCCCUCCGUUGGCCGUCAUUGCCGCCGCAGAAAUCGCCGGAAUUUCUCUCUCUACCGAUUCAGCUCUCCCUCCUGGUUCUCCUCCUACUUUCCUCUUCUCCACAGGGCUGAAAUUGCAUGGAACAAAUGUGCUUCUCCGUUAUCUUGGUCGGGCAGCAAGCAUUUCCAAUUUUUACGGGCAGGAUGCCUUUGAAUCUGGUCAGAUUGAUGAAUGGCUAGAGUAUGCCCCUGUUCUGUCAUCAGGUGCUGAAUUUGAUGGAGCAUGUAACUAUAUUGAUGGAUAUUUGUUGAGGCGUACCUUUAUAGUUGGUCAUUGUUUGUCUAUUGCAGACAUAGCCAUCUGGUCUGGUCUGGCAGGAGCUGGGCAGAGAUGGGAAAGUUUGAGGAAAUCAAAGAAAUUCCCAAACCUAGUACGGUGGUUCAACUCGAUAUCGACCGAGUAUGAUGUCGUCUUGAACAAAGUUACCUCUGCUUAUGUUGGAAAACGAGUUUUGGGAAAGCCAGUAGCGGCCAAGGCAAAAGGAAAAGAGCAACAGUUGGUUGAUCAGCAAUCCAAGAAUGCCAAUAGCAAUGUUAAUGACAAGGGAAAAGCAGGAAGCCGAUCCACUUUUGAAGUAGAUCUUCCAGAGGCUGAAGUUGGAAAUGUGCGAUUGCGAUUUGCCCCAGAGCCUAGUGGCUACCUUCACAUUGGGCAUUCUAAAGCAGCCUUAUUGAACCAGUACUUUGCUCAAAGGUACCAAGGUCAGGUGAUUGUGCGUUUUGAUGAUACAAAUCCUGCUAAAGAGAGCAAUGAAUUUGUGGAAAGUCUGCUGAAAGACAUAGAAACUUUGGGUAUUAAGUAUGAGACUGUUACGUAUACUUCGGAUUACUUCCCAAAAUUAAUGGAAAUGGCUGAAAAAUUGAUUUCUGAGGGGAAGGCUUAUGUUGAUGAUACACCACGUGAACAAAUGCAAAAAGAAAGAAUGGAUGGCAUUGAAUCAAGAUGUAGGAAUAACAGCCCUGAGGAAAAUAUGAAAUUAUGGAAAGAGAUGAUUGCCGGAUCCGAAAGGGGUUUGCAGUGCUGUGUCCGUGGGAAGUUGGAUAUGCAGGAUCCAAACAAGUCACUGCGGGAUCCAGUAUAUUACCGCUGCAAUCCGAUUCCUCACCACCGGAUUGGGUCAAAAUAUAAGAUAUAUCCAACUUAUGAUUUUGCAUGUCCAUUUGUUGAUGCUAUUGAAGGUAUAACUCAUGCUCUACGAUCAAGUGAGUAUCAUGAUCGCAAUGCUCAGUAUUAUAGGAUUCAAGAGGAUAUGGGAGUUCAAAAGGUGCACAUAUACGAAUUCAGUCGACUUAAUAUGGUAUAUACACUUCUUAGCAAGCGCAAGCUUCUAUGGUUUGUUCAAAAUGGAAAAGUUGAAAGUUGGGAUGAUCCUCGUUUCCCAACUGUUCAAGGCAUUGUGCGAAGAGGUCUCAAAAUUGAUGCAUUGAUACAAUUCAUUCUUGAACAAGGAGCUUCGAAGAAUCUGAAUCUUAUGGAAUGGGAUAAACUAUGGACCAUUAAUAAGAAGAUUAUUGAUCCUGUGUGUCCCAGAUACACUGCUGUGAUUGAAGAAGGACGUGUCUUGUUAACCUUAAUUGAUGGGCCGGAGAAACCUUUUGUUCGCAUCAUACCAAAGCAUAAGAAAUAUGAAGGUGCUGGAGAUAAGGCGACAACUUACACAAGGCAAAUUUGGAUUGACCGUGCUGAUGCUGAAUCCAUCUCAGUUAAUGAGGAAAUAACCUUAAUGGAUUGGGGCAAUGCAAUAGUAAAAGAAAUCAAGAAGGGCGAGCAUGGAAAUGUCACUGAGUUAACUGGAAUUUUACAUCUUGAAGGAUCUGUCAAGACCACGAAGUUGAAGCUUACCUGGCUACCUGAAACAAGUGAACUUGUGAAUCUCUCUUUGGUGGAUUUUGACUAUCUAAUUACAAAAAAGAAGCUAGAAGAAGGAGAGGAUUUCCUUGAUGUGCUUAACCCAUGUACAAGAAAGGAGACUGCAGCACUAGGGGAUUCAAACAUGCGAAACUUGCAGCGUGGAGAGAUACUGCAGCUGGAGAGAAAAGGCUAUUUUAGAUGUGAUGUCCCCUAUGUCAGACCCUCGAAGCCCAUAGUUCUUUUUGCCAUUCCUGACGGUAGGCAGCAAACAGGAUUGAAGUAAGACUUCGAAGUUCUCAUCUCUUUCAUUUGAUGUGUAUUUGAAGAAGUCUUGAUGUAUACCUGAGUAAUCUUUUUUCUAAACUUUACAAACUACUUUGAAGUUCUCAUUUCUUUCAUUUGAUGUGUAUUUGAAGAAGUCUUGAUGUAAUACCUGAGUAAUCCUUUUUCUAAACUUUACAAGCUUGCUAAUCAACUUUAACUAGUUCUAUUU